GCAGAGUAGUGUGCGUAGAAACAGCCACUGCGGCUGUGCUGUGCAUCGUAUUGAUGUAAACAUUUUGUUGUCACUGUUAUUUCAGUGCGUGCGUAUCGUUGAUCGUAUGGAAAAUUAACAAGACGAGCUGGAAAUAUGUGAACAGCUGUUUUCAAUUUAUUGACAACAAUUUAUGAAUGAACUAUUCAUUUAGGUUCAAGUAGAGUCUGAAGCUGAGAAGUGUUGAAAAUUCUUUGUUUUAGAAACUCUGUUUUCGCUUCGAAGGUCGUUUAUUUACAAUAAAUUAUGCGUGCAGUUUGAAAGAUUAUUAUGAACUAGAUGUUGUUAUGUGUAAUCAGUGGCCAAAAGGAUAUUUUUAAUUUGGAUUUUGAAUCGACGUAGCCGUAUUGCAAGUAAAAUGCCGUCGCUUCUAGAAGCACUAGAGCGGAAGUAUGGGGCGAAGGGAGAAGUGAACCCUACUAUAGACGAUAUGCCGGUGGCCAUCUUCGUGCCUAAACGGUCGCCCCGUCUCAGUGUGCCCACUCUUCUAGUCCUGAACGAUUGUGAGAUCGACUGCGCGGGAGACGCGCGAGGCCUGGCCGACAAGUGCGCUGACGUCGUUGAACUGGACCUCGCUAACAACAAGCUUACUGAAUGGCGAGAGAUAUUUGCAAUACUAGAGCACACGCCUCGUGUCCGCUUUCUGAACUUGAGUUUCAACCGGCUCUCGGCCCAAAUCCAGGCGGCGCAGGCGCUUCAUCCGCGCUGGGACAGUCUCAGCCACCUCGUCCUCAACUCCACCUACGUCGGCUGGCCCGGCGUCACCGCGCUACUCAAGGCUCUCCCAGCUCUAGAAGAGCUGCACUUGAGCCUAAACGAGUACUCCUACGUCGACUUCAGUGGAAAGGACGUCAAAGAAUCAGACAGAUGCGAAGACUGCUCGCGGCUAAACGUCGAAAUGCCUGAACCGGUCCACGAACAGCUAAAGAAACUGCACUUCUCCGGCAACCCAGUCAGCAGCUGGCAAGAAAUCUCCAAAUUAGGAUACGCCUUCCCCAACCUAGAAACGUUACUGGUGAACGACUGCCCCAUAACGACACUAGCACCAGAUCCGUGCGAUAAGUGCAGCGACAGCAAUGGGAAUAAGAAGAGUCACGACGCUUUCUCACGACUCCGCUUCCUGAACCUCAACAACACCGACCUGUCGACGUGGGACGAGGUGGAUCGACUAGCAAAAUUCCCCGCCUUGAAAAGUUUACGGGCACAGGGUUGGCCGCUAUGGGAGCGCGGCGAAGCGACGGAGCACGAGCGAAGACUGCUCUUAGUGGCGCGGCUACCGCACGUUCGUACCCUCAACGGAGGCGGCGCGGUGCCGGUGGAGGAACGCGACGCGGCCGAGCGGGCCUUCAUCAGAUACUACAUGGAGAAGCCUGAGGCUGACCGCCCGGAUAGGUACUGGGAGCUGGUGUCGGUGCACGGCAAGCUGGACCCGCUGGUGUCGGUGGACCUGCGGCCCGAGAAGCGCGUGCAGAUCACCUUUACCUGCGGCACCACCAGCGAGGUGCGCACCGUCGACGUAUACAGAACCGUGUCAGACUUGAAAUCCAAACUAGAGCAGCUAGCCGGUUUCCCCGCAUCCAAAAUGAGAUUAUUCUAUGUCGAUCAAGAACUCCGGGAUGGAGAGCUAUUCCCUGGUCCAGAGGAGAUGAAGUUCCCAACGAAGCAGCUAUACUCUUACAACAUUCGGUCUGGAGACGAGAUCAUAAUCGAGUCGAAGCUCGCGCACUCCAUAUCAGUGAACUCGACUGCGUGAGACGUGAUGCCGGCCUCUAUUGGUUAAGCGAAGCUUACCGGCCCUACUAAAAUUGUCCUUUUCGUGCUGUGAGGGCUUAUAAACACAGCAUAUCUUUUAAAUCUUUACAAAAUCUUCAUAUUGUUCACAAGAACUGAUGCGAGUGAUCCUGGACAAAUCUUAUGCAUGUUUUUUUUGUUUUGUUACGGCAUAGG